AUUUCUGCUAUCAACACCUUGUAAUUCGCCUCGAUCUUUCGGGGAGAGCAUGCCUAAUUGCAGGCUGGACGACGGGGUUGCUGGACGAAGACCCACGAUGGACAACGAUUUGUGUGGAUACGUGUAGAUCCGAUGUACGAUUGCCUGAGCUGCAGACGACAAUGCAGUAACCAUCAGAUGUACCACAGCCUAUCGACGCAUUCGCAACGUACAUCAGAAUGGAGUAAUACCAACUCCGUCAACCAUGGCGAAACGGCGUAGACUAAAUCCGAGGCCGUCCCGAUCGUCCAUUCCGGAAUCAAACCACGAUUCUACCACCACACCACCCGAAAUAUCAGAAGACGAUACCUGCCCCGUCUGCCAACUCCUCCUGUACCGCCCGGUCAAAACAGGAUGCAAUCACACCCUCUGUCAAUCCUGCAUGGCCACCUGGGCGGAAGUGAGCCUCAGCCACGAAAUGCAAAUCGUCGACAUCGACACCGACAUCGAGGACCAACAAAGCCACCAACCGUUCGAUGCCGCCGAGGAACUCGAAGCCCGGUGUCCCAUGUGUCGCACACAGACCACCGCCAGUCUAGACCAAGUUCGAAGCCAGGAGUUACAAACCAAAUACCCAGAAGCCUACACCCAACGCCUAGCGGAAGGAACGCCUUCUGACCCGGACACAACGCAAACGCUCCAAACCCUCACCCUCCACAUAGGCAACACGCACCAGCUCACCACCCCCACGCAACCAGUCGAUGUCUCCGACCCCACGCCCCCAAACCGCCACGCCUGGACCUUCUUCCUCCGCCCCAGCAACCCGCACCUCCUAGAAGAAGUGCACAUCCACCUGCAACCCACCUUCCGCCCUGCCCGCGUCAUCCGCACCCGGCCCCCGUUCGAAGUCAGUCGGCUAGGUUGGGGCACGUUCACUGUUACGGCGCAGAUUUUGCUCAAAGCGGGGUACAGCUGGGUGCACGCUGAGGCGCAGGAUAGUCCGGAUGGGGCGGAAGGAGGGAUGUUGGGGGUGGAGUGGAGACUGGAUUUCGCGGGGAGGGGGAGUAUGGGGCGUUUGAGGGUUAGGGUGAGG